AUGGCUAGCCCUGAACAAAGGAAGGAACAAAAAGAGAAAGAAUCCCUCAAGCCUUUUGUGCCACAAGCACCAUUUCCCCAGAGACUCGAGGGAAGUGAGAAAGACAGGUCAUAUUCAAGAUUCUUAGACAUGUUUACAUCUCUCAGUGUCAAUAUCUCCUUCAUCAAAAUUCUCCAACAGAUGCCCACCUACAUCAAGUGCAUGAAAGAGCUGCUGACCAAGAAAGGAACCUUAAAAGGGGGACAAACAGUGACAAUGAACAAGGAAUGUAGUGCUCUCAUCAAGAAGGACGUACUCCUGAAGAAGAAAGAUCCAGGGAGCUUUCAUAUUCUAUAUAAAACUCAGAAGAAGGCUGAAGGUGUAGUUGAAAAUGUAUUGGUGAAAGUGGGAAACUACUUCCUCCCCACUGAUUUUGUUAUUCUGGACAUGGAGGAAAGCUACCUCCAUCCCAUUAUUUUGGGGAGACCAUUUCUAGCCACUGCUAGAGCGCUGAUAGACGUGGAACAAGGAGAGUUGAUCCUAAGAAUACAUGAAGAACACCUCACUUUCCAUGAUUUUAAACCAACAUCAGAAUAUGAACCAGAACUUAAAAAGCCGAAAGAUGAUCAUAGCACCAUGUGCACAAAGGAAAGCAACAGUAAUUCAGCAGUUGAACCACUGAAAUAG